AUGGAAGCUGCCAUGGCCAACGUCGACCUCGGACGCUAUCGGCGUAUCGUCCAGAUGUUCUGGGACCCGGAACCCACCAACGAUCCCGCACAAGACCUGCCAGUCUGGUGUCUCGGCCGUCAAUACAAACUGAGCGAUGCGACUCCCGCAAAGACCGUCGACAGUGGCCCUCAUACCCCCCCGUCCGCUCCUAUACUCGAGUCCAACCUUGAGUCCAACCUUGAGUCCAAUCUUGGGUCUAGCCUCGAGUCCGAUAUGAAAGAUACCAGCCCGUCGCCUCCUCCUCCUGCUCCUCCACCUCCGGCAAACGCGCCCGAGACUCCUCCAGAAUCGAUAUCCAGCAGCUUUUCUUCGUCACUAGCAUACGAUGAUCCGGCAACAGAUGGGGGUUGGCCACCUGCAUUUCUGGCCGACUUCGAGUCCAAGUUCUGGAUGACGUAUAGGUCCGAGUUCGAACCCAUUCCCAGGUCGACCAACCCACAGGCCACCUCCGCCUUGUCAUUCUCAAUGAGACUGAAGAGCCAGCUUGGUGACCAGGGCGAUUUCUCAUCCGACAGUGGAUGGGGUUGCAUGAUCCGGUCCGGGCAAAGUCUCUUAGCGAAUUCUAUGGCCAUGAUCCGCCUGGGCAGAGAAUGGCGUCGAGGAAUCUCACCACAGGAAGAGCGUCGGCUCAUUAGCGCCUUCGCCGACGACCCAAGAGCGCCUUAUUCGAUCCAUAGCUUCGUACGCCACGGCGCCACGGCCUGUGGGAAGCAUCCAGGCGAGUGGUUUGGCCCAUCAGCAACGGCUCGAUGUAUCCAAGCUCUGGCCAACUCACACGAACCGUCCUUACGGGUGUACUCGACGGGGGAUGGCCCGGACGUUUACGAAGACGAGUUCAUGAAGAUUGCUAAACCCGCGGGCGAAGAGUUCCACCCUACCCUGAUACUUGUGGGCACGCGGCUAGGAAUCGACAAGAUCACACCGGUGUACUGGGAAGCACUGAUUGCAUCCCUUCAGAUGCACCAGUCCGUGGGAAUCGCAGGGGGCCGUCCAUCAUCAUCACACUACUUCAUCGGCGCGCAGGGUUCCUUCCUUUUCUACCUAGACCCUCACCAUACGAGAAGAGCACUGCCCUACCACGAAGACCCUAACCAGUACACCGACGAGGAGAUCGCGACUUGUCAUACGGCCCGGCUCCGCCGAAUUCAUGUUCGGGAGAUGGACCCGAGCAUGCUGAUUGGAUUUUUGAUCCGGUCCGAAGAAGACUGGCGAGACUGGAGGCGUUGCGUGAAACAUGUCCAGGGCAAGGCCAUCAUCCAUGUUGCAGAUCACAAUCCCCUGCUAGGAGGCCAAGCUGAAGGCAGAGAGAGUGCGAUUGACGAGGUGGAGCCCUUAAGUGACGAUGAUGCGGACACUGUUCAUGAGGUUUAG